CUCCUCUACCUCCUGAAAGCUUCCCCCCCCAAAGCCACUGAAACUUCCCCCUUGAGAACUGGUAAAGAGCUUGAGUUUUCCCUUUCCUUUCUUGAUGGAGAACCAGAUUUAAACCCAGAAAUUUCUUCCCAGCCAUACACGUUUCUGCUCUGCUCUUCUUCUUUGUGCAGCCCGACAAGCCCCCCCUAAGCCACCGACUUCCUCUUCCUUUGAAAACCGGAAAAAGGGGCUUGAAAUUCUCCUUCUUUCUUGUUCAAUAACAAGAUUUAGGACUUAGAAAGCUCUCCUAAACCCAGAAAUUCCAGAUCUACGCCGUCUUCUUCCCCUCUGUCCGCCGGCCUCUGCUGUGUGGGGUUGAGUUCGGUUUUCUGGUAAGAUUCAGCCAUGAAUCCCUCUCUUUAACCUUGAAUUAGGUUGGGUUUACUCUAAUUUCCUCUUGUUCCCUCAAUUUUGGUAGCUCCCGUGACAUCCUUCCCCUUUCUCGAUUUCUGCCAAGCUCGCCAGACCCGGCUUCUAUUGCUGGAAAGAUUCUGGUAAUAUGACCCGAGACACGAGAAUCAAGGGGAGUGACGAGCUAAUUGGCGAGCUAUUGCAUUUGGAUAUAGAUUUUGAGUUUAGAUUGUCCUUGUAAGUUAGAUUCAUUAUUUUGAGUUUAAGUCAUGUUGGACAUAGAUUUAUGGAAUAUAUUAUCAUUUUUGGAAGAUAGAUUGUACCUUGAAUUUUAUGGUAUUAAAACAGAUUUUGCGAGAAUAGAGUUUGUGAUUUGGAUAAGUUUCGAGCCUUGUGCAUUUGUGGGACCCUCUCAUGAGUGCAAGGCAUCUAUCGCGCCUCGAAUUCGGGUUUUGGGGCGUGACAAUAUAAAUGUCUCAACAAUUGAUGCCUCGACAUAAUUUUUAUUUCCUAUGGUACUCUUAAGUUUGCACAUGCAUUUGAAAGGAGAUAUUGAUAAGAUUAAUUUUAAAAGAAAUCAUUAGUAAGUUU